AAGAGGGAAGAAAAGAAACCAAAAAAGAAAAGACCACAAGUCCACAACUAAGGAAUUAAAGGAGGUGAUGGAGGAGGCCAUACAUUAGAAUUUUUUCAAAAAAUUGGGUAUACCUUAGCUGUACAUAUAAAAUAAACCAAAAAAAAAUAUAGAUAGUAAUAUUUGCGUGUUAUUGUGUGGAUGUGGACGCCGGAGCUCUACUCUUUGCUUACCUCUUCCGAUCUGAAAAUCUUCCCAAAUCAAUAGACUUUCUCUCUGUGUUGACUUCUUUUUUCUCUUCUUGCUGCCAUUUUUUUGCUCCAAAUUUACACUUUGUGCUUGCUUUACUUCAUUUCUUUUUUUUGUUCUAAGUUUUUCAAUUUAGUGUUUUAGUGUUUUUGUGUAAUAUUUGGUGGAGUAGUUUACAAGUGAGUUACCGGUCCGGAGGCUCGGGAUCGGAAAUAUGGGUUCAGAGAGCAAGCAAGUUGAAAAUAUGCAAAUAAAUGAGCACGAAGAUGGUAGACCGUUAUAUCUCCAGAAGUUUCGUCUAUACGAGACUACCUCGAAUUUCUAUAUGGUUGGAAGGGACAAGACUAGAACUUUUUGGAAAAUUUUGAAGAUUGACAGAUUAGAGCCUUCAGAGUUAAUUAUGUAUGAAGAUUCUGCCAUAUACUCAGAACUUGAAUGCAUUGAUCUCCUUAAAAGAAUACAUGAAGGUAACAAGUCGACUGGAGGGCUUAAAUUCGUUUCGACCUGCUAUGGAAUUGUUGGUUUUGUAAAGUUUUUGGGACCUUAUCAUAUGCUUCUUAUUACGAAAAGAAGGAAGAUUGGAUUGAUAUGUGGUCAUGCGGUGUAUGCCAUUACGAAGAGCGAGAUGUUCCCAAUACCCAAUUCUACUGUGCUUUCCAAUAUGGCUUAUUCUAAGAAUGAGAACAGAUACAAGAAGCUCUUGCGCACGGUGGAUCUCACAAGGGACUUCUUUUUCAGCUACUCUUAUCAUAUUAUGCUCAGUCUUCAGAAGAAUCUGAGCAAUUGUGAGUCUGGACUCACACUGUACGAUACAAUGUUUGUAUGGAAUGAAUUCUUGACUCGAGGGAUUCGCCAUCAGCUCAAAAAUACUCUUUGGACUGUCGCUUUAGUAUAUGGAUUUUUUAAACAGGUUACGCUUUCUCUCUCUAGUAGAGAUUUUGUGUUGACCCUCAUUGCCAGACGAUCUCGUCAUUAUGCUGGUACCAGAUACUUAAAAAGAGGUGUAAAUGAGAAGGGCCGCGUAGCAAAUGAUGUCGAAACGGAACAAAUUGUGCUUGAAGAUGUGCCUGUUGGGUGUCCUGUACAAAUAAGUGCUGUUGUGCAGAAUCGGGGUUCAAUACCUCUAUUCUGGUCGCAGGAGACUUCCCGUUUGAAUAUUAAGCCUGAUAUUAUACUCUCCAGGAAGGACUUGAAGUUUGAAGCUACCAAACGUCACUUUGAGAAUCUUGUGAAGAGAUAUGGAAAUCCAAUUAUAAUAUUGAAUUUGAUUAAGACUCGUGAGAAGAGGCCAAGAGAAACAAUUCUUCGUGCAGCAUUUGCUAAUGCGAUUGAGUUUAUAAAUAAAGAUCUUUCUGAGGAGAACCACUUGAGAUUUCUUCACUGGGACCUAAAUAAACACUCUAGAAGCAAAGCUACAAAUGUCUUGACACUCCUAGGCAAGGUGGCUGCUAAUGCGUUGGAGUUAACAGGCUUCCUUCACUGUCAACUUAUCCCUGCAUCAAAGACUGGGAAAUUGCUAAAAUUCUCGUCCACUGACAAUACUGGAGAUCAAGCUGAACAAGACCUUUGUGAAGCAAGAGCUGAACCUAAUUCCCCUUGUGGUGAUUUAUGUGGAGAUUACCAUGUCAACCUUUCAACACUACAGAAAGGGGUGUUACGAACUAAUUGCAUAGACUGUUUGGAUCGCACAAAUGUUGCACAAUAUGCCUAUGGGCUGGUUGCCCUGGGCCAUCAGCUGCAUGCCUUAGGUUUUAUAGAUGUGGAGAACAUUGAUUUAGAUUCCCCGUUAGCAGAUAAUUUAAUGAAACUCUACGAAGAAAUGGGCGACAUACUUGCACUACAGUAUGGAGGGUCUGCUGCACAUAACAAGAUAUUUUCGGAGAGACGAGGCCAAUGGAGAGCAGCAACUCAGUCUCAAGAGCUCUUUAGAACACUUCAACGCUAUUACAGUAAUGCCUACAUGGACGCUGAGAAACAAGAUGCCAUUAAUGUGUUUUUGGGACAUUUCCGGCCUCAAGAAGGUAAACCAGCUCUCUGGGAAUUGAAUUCAGACCAGCACUAUAAUGUCGGGGGGCAUGCAUCAAGUUUAGCCAUGGAACAUUCUAGGUCAUUUAUUAAAAGGUCGCUGUCAGAAGGAAAUUUGAUCUGCGGAAGCAGCUCUCCUGUCAAAGAGAUUGACACAGAGCAGACAGAUGACUCUGACCAACCUUUGCCUGAGAGUGCAAAAGGUGGUAGUAAGGGUCUUUCCGAGUCCACCCCAGAAAUCUCAACUUGUGAAACUGAUAUUUCGUUUGCCAGGUACACACCCUCAAUGUCUGGUAGACAGCUUUUCUUGGAUAUGCAAUUAGAGCAGCGUCUCGGCAGUGAAAGUGUUAGAUUGCGUGAACGUGUUGAUUCAAUUGAUUUUUCAAAUUUCCUAGAUAUUGACUGGCUGUCUUCAUCUGGAAAUUCAUGUGAAGAAGAAGCAUUCGAGAGAUCUGGAAUCAUAGGUUCACCAUGUGGUGUCCUCUCGUAUGAUGGUGGAACAGUUGAAUCUAAAGCUGAAACAAUCUAUUCAGCAAUUGAGUCUUCAUCAAGCUUGAAGCGUCAGGAGCAGACUAGUGGAUAUCUCAAUUUUGAUGCCAAAAGAAGUAGUAAACGUACUACUGAAUUUUCUGAGAAGUUUGUGCAUUGGGUUAACAACGGAGAUAUGCUUUUCCUUUGAGAUCAUUCCUGGUCUCUCUGAAGCUGUAUUCUUUCAGAUAAUUACAUUCAAUCAAACCAUCCGAAGGAUGUGGAUUACUUAUGGAAUAAAUCACAGGUUAUGAAGCUUAGGUAAGAGGGGAACAAUGAUUUUCGUUAGAGAAGAUACGCUUAAACAAAGCCAUUGAGAUUGUAAAUUGAAGCACGUUAGAAAUGAUAUAGAAAGUACAGAGUAAAUAGAAGCGGAAGAUUCUUUCAGUUGUUUUUUGUUCCUUCAUUUUCUACCUUACUAUUUUUGUAGGUUUCAGUUCUGUAAAUAUCUGUUAUAGUUUAUAUAAUUAUAAGUUGGAGCUC